AUGAAAAGAGCACUAAUCGAAUUAUUCCCAAAACAUUGCAUGAUCCAUCUCGAUGAUAUUCUCAUUUUGAUGAAUUUUAAAUGUACAAUCUUUUUGAAUAAGAACGAUGUUCUAUUGUACAGCAAUGUAGCAGAACAAUUAUGUACUAUUACUUCUACAUUAAGACUUAUGACUCAGCAUAAAUAUUUAAAAUUCCUAAUAAAAGGAGACCAUGUAUAA